AAGAAACUUACGUGUGAACCCGAAUUUAAUUCUAGAAACUCACGUGGGAAUUAUCGCAUAAAUUUUGUGACUAAGUAACGACCGUCAAAUAUUUCCCUCACAUUAUAAGAAGCACCCUUCCCCCAACAUACUCCUCGUCUCCCCAUUAAAGAAAACCUUCAGGCUUCGUCUCGUCUCACUCUUUCUCUUUCUAUACGUAUGUGCUUACAGUUAUAUAAUAAUAUACAUAGAACAGCUUGACGAUAAACAAAAUGGCGGAUGGUGAAGAGGAGCUCUGCAUUUGCCCGAGUUUCAACAGCUAUACGGCAGAUAGGAUUGCAGAAAUUGCUAGCAACGUCUCAGGACUUAACACAACCGAUACUGAAAACGAUGAGAAUGAUGAAUUUGAGUUUGCUUUGGAAGCUGAAAACCAAAGGUUUUUGGCUGAGGAAUUCAUCUAUGACGGCCAAAUCAAGCAAGUGUUUCCCGUAUUUAACCGCAAUCUUUUGGUAAGUGAUGACGAUUUUGAUAAAGGUUUGUCUGGUGAAGGAGUGGAGAGUAUUAGAAUUCCUUUGAAGAAGAAUUUUAUGGAGAAGUGCAAGAAUGAUUAUCCUUCAUCAUCCUCAUCGGAAGCCGAUGAGUUGGAGACUAUACCUCCGGGAACUUACUGCGUAUGGAGGCCUGAAUUCUCUAAGUCAUCGCCGAGUCAAUGUAAAAAGAGCAAGUCCACCGGAUCAGGGUCGAAGCGGUGGAAGUUCCGAGAUUUGGUCCGCCGAUGCAACAGCGAGGGCAAGGACUCUUUCAUCCUUUUAACACCGAAACACAAAGAAGAAAAACCAAAAGAAACUGUAAAUUCAAAAAAAUCAACAGCGAAGCGAGUCGUCUCCGGCGAGAAAUCGGCGGCGAAUUCACUUCAUGAAGCAUUUUAUGUACGUAACAGAGCAAUAAAGGAAAGUGAUAAGAGAAAAUCGUAUUUACCGUACAGGCAAGACCUGGUAGGAUUUUUCCCUAACGCAAAUGGAUUGGGCAGGAGGAGUUUUCCAGCUUUCUGGAAUAUGCAUUGUUUUCGCAAUGUCCGCCGAUGCAACAGCGAGGGCAAGGACUCUUUCAUCCUUUUAACACCGAAACACAAAGAAGAAAAACCAAAAGAAAAUGUAAAUUCAAAAAAAUCAAAAGCGAAGCGAGUCGUCUCCGGCGAGAAAUCGGCGGCUAAUUCACUUCAUGAAGCAUUUUAUGUACGUAACAGAGCAAUAAAGGAAAGUGAUAAGAGAAAAUCGUUUUUACCGUACAGGCAAGACCUGGUAGGAUUUUUCCCUAACGCGAAUGGAUUGGGCAGGAGGAGUUUUCCAGCUUUCUGGAAUAUGCAUUGUUCUCGUAAUGUUCAUUAUUUUCUUCAUUAUGCAAAAUCAAAUGUCUAUUUACGGGAGAAAUGUACCAGCCUUUAA